ACUAAACCAAACUACGACUCAAUGAAUUCGUAAUUGAAAUAUGGCCAACCCGCCUUCUCAAGAAGCUGACCAUCUUGUAGAAGCUUUUCGAUACACAGUGGCUAAGUUAUUUUUACAACAAGCCCAAAAAGAUCAUUUAAAAGCAGAUAAAGAAGCGAUUUUUGUUUUAUCUGAGCUGCUCCUUGGGUAUAUUGAAAUCCUAACAGCUGACUUGGAAGCUUUCUGCCGUCACGGCAAAAGAACAACCAUUACUGCUGAUGACGUUCUGCUAUGCUGUCGCAGAAACGAGAACCUCGUGAGUCGACAUAUGUUAAUUAACAGGGCUGCGGCUGAAAUAAGCUCUUUCCCUUAGAAAGAAAAAAUGGAAAGAUUCCUACGAACAAUCAAUCCUCCACUAACACAUAGUUUCUCCUCUAAAAAAAGGAAAGAAUAAUAGCAAGUCUGUAUGAGAUUGUAUUUAAGUGUUGACCUGCAGUAAAUGAAGCUUGGACAUUUGGAUUGCCCGUUGAACUCCUCGCGACUGCUAGCUUCCUUGCAGUAAAUUCCAGACACGGCAAAAUGUUUAUGUCAUGAAACAAAUAAAUGUGUUGAUAUGAUACAUUGUUCUGGACUUUUCCUUAUCUGAAAAAGAGCAACAUAUCGCAUGAUAUAGCAAAUAACAUUCUAUCAAGAAAUGCAUUUUGGAAUAACAAACUCAGGGGCCACGGCAAUCAAGAAGAAUGAAGCUAAGAUACUCAUUUGCGCGCUCAACACCUUUUUCGUUUCCGGUCGUACCAUGUAUUAAGGACGAGAGAGCUGCUUGCUAAAAUUUUUCUUUCCCUACUGCUUAGAUUCUGAAACACCUUUGAUGAUAUGUUGAACGUUUCGUCGCAUAGAGCAAAAAUCCACAACGUCGAAGAAUCCUUCCCAAACUUUUUGGAAGGACAUAAAUAACUCACAAAAUCCUUUCUUCGGCUGUUUUCGACUUUAAACAAUGUUUGUAGACUGUGAUAGCAACAACCGAAGACCCUUUGUGGUCUGAGUCGAUCACGAGCUAAAUCUAUUUUUC